CGCCUUCAAAUUGACAAGAUGGUGAGCGCCCUGCACUAUUCCGCGCUUCUGGCUCUUGGCGUCACUGCCACGUCGGCCGGUCAGACUUACUUCCAGGGCGAUGGCACGCCGUACGACCUCAGCGCUGUGGACAUGGGUAACUGCGCCUUCAUGUCGUCCUGGAGUCAGGCAUCAACCAAUUACGUGGCCUUGAACCAGGCGCAAUGGGAUGGCCUAAAGCACUGCGGGCAGUGCAUUGAAGCCACGUGCAUCGACCCAAAGUGUAAGAAGAACACAGCCGUAACGCUGCAAGUCGUGGAUCGCUGCCCGGGAUGCAAGUACGGCGACCUGGACAUGUCCACCAGCGCUCUGACCAAGAUCGUCGGCUACAACCCCGGGCGCAUCAAAAUCGGCUGGAAGUACGUGGACUGUCCCAAUCCGGGCACCAUCAAAGUGUGCCUUAAGCAGGGAAGCAACCCGUGGUGGGUCGCUAUUCAGCCCGCGAACACUCGUAUUGCUGUCAAGGGUGUGUCGAUCAAUGGCAAGACCGGCAAGCUGCUGGAUGGGGCCUACUACUACCAGAUCGAUAGCGCCGACGAGGUGUCGUUUAACAAGCUCAAGGUGGACGUCACUUCCGUCGAAGGGGACGUUGUCUCGGGCACGUACUCUAUGAAGGUGGGCGGGUGUGUCGACACGAAGAAACAGUUCUAAAGGGAUAAUCUCCAAACUUGAGGGGUGGCAGUGCGAGCCCUUGUAGCUCGGCUACCUACAACUAUGACGUAAAAAAUAUUAUCUGUUUCGUUUUACUGUU